UUUUAUGUCUUCGUUUUUUUUUUUGGCUUUUUCUUAGGCUUCAUUUCCGCAGAAAGUGUGUUGAAUAAGCUCUGCUUGCUGGAGAAAUUGGAUUUGUGGAACGCCAACAUAUUUCCCAAGUCAGUGUGCAAUGGGGUUGUGGAAUUAAUUUGAAUGGGCCUGUGCGUUUUUGGGAUAAUUUCGCUGCCGUAAACAACGGACAAAGUCCUUUCUUUUUUCUCGCCCUCGAGGAUAAUGUCAGCUCAAAGACUAGCCAAUUCUUUCAAAGACGGAAUCACCUCGAGCUCUUUAUCUAAUGAAGUGAUUGCAGGGAAGAUUGCUAAGGUACUUGCUGAGAAAGGGGUUAAAACUCUGGAAGGGCAUUCCAAGUUGCUCUUAAAGCUCAACCCCCACGUAGCCCAUAUUAUUCUCUCAAACCCGAGAUUGUCACCUCAUUCUUGCUUGAGUUUUUUCAGAUUCUUGAAAGGGAACCCAUCUCUUUUUUCUCAUAGGCCCGACCUCCGAGCUCAUAUUAUAUUAGCUCGAAGAUUGUAUGAAGCUCGAAAGUUUGCUGAAAUGAAGAAUGUGUUGCACUCUGCUGUAAGGGAUGGUAGUGCUUUUGUCUCAAUAUUGGAUAUUGUCAACAUGCGUCAAGAUCAACUUGAUGAGCCUAGAUUUGUUGUGAAGUUUUGUGACAUGUUGUUCAGGGUUUAUGCUGAUAAUAAGAUGUUCGGGGAUGCUGUGGAAGUCUUUGACUACAUGGAAAGUAGUGGUUUCGAUAUUGAUGAGAGGUCCUGCAUGGUCUUUUUGUUAGCUUUGAAGAGACUCAGUACUCUAGAAAAUUGCUUGGGGUUCUUCAGGCGGAUGAUUAAGUCAGAUCUGGUAACGGUUUAUUCACUGACUGUCAUGGUUGAUCUGUUGUGCAAGAAAGAUAUGGUUGAAGAUUCGAGGAAACUCGUGGACAAGUUGGGUUCUAAGGGGAUAAAGCCGAAUGUUUUCACUUACAAUACAUGGAUCAAUUCAUAUGUAAAAGGAAAGGAUGAUGGUGCCAUUGAUGAAAUAUUGAGACUGAUGGAGAAAGACCAGGUGGGAUACAAUGUGGUUACCUUCACACUUUUGAUCGACUGGUAUGCAAGCUCCAAGAAAACUAAGGAUGCUGAGACAAUGUUUGAAGAAAUGCAUAAGAAAGGCAUCCAAGGGGAUGUUUUUGUUUACAAUUCAAUAAUCAAUCUGAAUUGUAAGGUGGGAAACAUGAAAAGGGCAUUUGCACUUUUUGAUGAAAUGACUGAGAAGGGCCUUCUUCCAAGCGUUCAAACUUAUGGGGCUUUGAUCAAUGGUGUCUGCAAGGUUGGCCAGAUGGAGGCAGCUGAUAAGUUGGUUACUGAGAUGCAGAGAAAUGGAAUCGAAUUGAAUCUGGUGAUAUAUAACACACUAAUAGAUGGGUUUUGCAGAAAUGAAAUGGUUGAUGAAGCUCGUGAGGUGCUGGUGAUCAUGAAGAAUAAAGGGAUCGAGGCUGAUGAAUUUACUUUCAACACAAUUGCUAGUGGACUGUGUAAGUUAAACAGGCUCGAGGAAGCAAAACAGGUGUUAUUCGCAAUGGAAGAGAAUGGUUUGAUGCCUAACUUGGUUAAUUUCACUACUUUGAUUGACAUAUACUGUAAGGAAGGAAACUUAGUGGAAGCUAGAAGAAUCUUUCAAGAGAUGAAUGAGAAGGGACAUACACCAAAUAUUGUUGCUUACAAUGCUUUAAUUGAUGGGCAUAUAAAGAAAGGGAAACUUGCUGAACCUAAAACGCUGAGAGAUGAGAUGAUGAAUCGGGGUAUGAAGCCAGACAAGUAUACAUAUACAUCCCUUAUACACGGGGAAUGUAUCUAUGGGAAAAUAGAAGAGGCACUCAAAUUGUUCCGUGAAAUGUCUGAAAGGGGCUUGCCUAAAAGUCUUGUCACUUACACAGCAAUAAUCUCAGGUCUAGCCAAGGCUGGGAGAUCGGAUGAAGCUUUUGCAUUAUAUGACGAGAUGAUUGAAGCUGGACUUAAACCUGAAGACUCAUUAUACUCUUUGCUAGUGGGGAGUCUUCAUUAGGCUAGGUUGUAGCCGUAUUACUUGGCCUAAGUUCUACGUCAAUUGGAUUUUGACAAUCGUGCCAGAGGCGCUAGAUGAUCCCCUAUAUCUCCACUCAGGAAUUUGCUCUGUCAUUAAUUAUCCAGAUGCUCUUCAAACCAGGUCUGAUUAGUUUCCCUUCAUCUUCUUGAAAGUGUUAAUUGCCUGAUUAAUAUUGUAUGUGAUUUGGCCCAGUUAUUUCUUCUUUCAUAUCCCUGUUAAUUCCCCUGUAUCACACUUCUAGAAAGAUAUGAUAGAACAGUCAAUAGACAUUGCAAUUGACAAACUGCUUUAUGUAAUAACAGAUAUUCUUCCAUACGCAGGGCUUUCUUCGUUUACUUCUCCUCUACUUUCCUGUCUUCUUGGAGUAUCUCAAUUUUUUCCUUUUCUGUGCCUAGGUGGGUUUCAACUGAUAGAGAGCACUGCUUGACAAUUGUUCUGUCUUAGUGACCCAUUCACAUGUACAAGUGUACACGAAGGAUGAAUGAGAUUUUCUAUUUCUUACCAUCUAGUGUGUGAUAUCUAUGUGCACUCUUGCUGAUUAUUGUCCAUUGUUGGUAGCUGAGAUGAGAGUACUCUUGCUAUAAAAUGUCUGACAAAGCUUUGCAGGUGUCUCUGCCAAGAGGAAUUGAUGUUUCGAUAUCCUUCUUUCUUGCCUGCCCGUUGAAAAGCAUUUGGAAACCAGAGUGCAGAUGUUGACGAGGUACUAAUUACUCCGUUUGUAACAUGUGUCCAGCAUCUUAAACCAGUUGAAGAGACCCAAUGGAGUUUGGCUUUCUUAAACCAGUCAAAGGGUACUUCCUCCAGAAUUGCUUUUGUCAAUCCUGUGCAUUGCUUUUCGAAGGCUCGAGGGAUGCAUUGCUUUAGUUAUGACUUGGGUUGAAAGUGGAGCUCAUUGAAGGGUCAAUAUCGGUAGACAAGUAGAAGCUGAAUUAAAAUCACCCUAAACAACCUGGAAUAAUCAGGAAAUAUACUCGCUGACUUUCACGGAAUCCUUCCUAGGAAAGAAUUGAGGGCUGCAGUUUGCUUAUAUUUGUCAGAGACCUCGCUUCUUUCUUUCUGGCUGUUUUUGGUUUCUCCAUAGUUUCUCAUUAGAACUAUUGAAAAGUCAAAGUUCACGUCA